GAAGAGUAGAAAAGAAAGUGUGUUGCUUGAUUAUAACCAUAUGGCUUCAAAACCAGGAAUCCUCACUGACUGGCCAUGGAAGAGUCUUGGAAGUUUCAAGUACAUGACAUUGGUGCCAUGGGUGGUCCAUAGCAUAUACUCAUAUUUCACACUGAAAGAUGAAAGGAAGAGGGACUUCACAAACUUGGCCAUUUUCCCACUUCUCUUGUGGAGGAUGCUCCACAAUCAAAUAUGGAUUUCCCUUUCUCGCUAUCGAACUACCAAAGGCAACAAUAGGAUUGUCGACAAGAGUAUUGAAUUCGACCAAGUUGAUAGAGAAAGAAACUGGGAUGACCAAAUUUUGUUUAAUGGAAUUAUACUCUACCUAGUUAACUUGACAAUGCCUCAGGCAUCUCAACUGCCCAUGUGGAGAACAAAUGGUAUUAUUCUUAUAAUUUUGCUUCAUAUGGGGCCUGUGGAGUUUCUCUACUACUGGUUCCAUAGAGCACUCCACCACCAUUAUCUUUACUCACGCUACCAUUCUCACCAUCAUUCUUCUAUUGUCACCGAGCCCAUUACUUCUGUGAUCCACCCAUUUGCAGAACACAUAGUAUACUUCCUUUUGUUUGCAAUUCCAUUAUUAACAUCGGUGUUUACCGAUACUGGGUCUAUAAUGGCCAUUGCUGGUUACAUCACUUAUAUUGAUUUUAUGAACAAUAUGGGCCAUUGCAACUUCGAGCUUAUUCCUAAGACCCUCUUCUCCAUCUUCCCCCCUCUCAAGUAUUUGGUGUACACCCCCUCGUUUCACUCUUUGCAUCAUACCCAGUUUCGAACUAAUUACUCACUAUUCAUGCCAAUCUAUGACUACAUCUAUGGAACCAUGGACAAGACAUCAGAGAAAUUGUAUGAAAGAUCACUACAAAGACAAGAAGAUUCGCCCAAUGUGGUGCACUUGACACAUCUAACAACCCCUGAUUCCAUAUAUCAUCUCAGACUAGGAUUUGCAUCUGUGGCAUCCCAUCCCCACACACCUAACAAGUGGUACAUGUGGGCAAUGUGGCCUCUAACUUGUUGGUCUACCGUGGUAACUUGGAUCUAUGGUCGCACUUUUGUCAUUGAGAGGAACCACUUCAAAAAACUCAACUUACAAACAUGGGCAAUCCCAAAAUACACUACUCAAUAUUACUUCAGCUGGCAAAGGGAAUCAAUUAAUAAGUUGAUUGAAGAAGCCAUAUUGGAUGCAGAAGAAAGGGGAAUUAGGGUAUUGAGUUUGGGUCUUUUAAACCAGGGAGAGGCACUCAACAAAUGGGGUGGGCUUUAUGUGCAAAGGAACCCAAAGUUGAAGACAAAGGUGGUGGAUGGAAGCAGCUUAGCAGUGGCUAUUGUGGUCAACAGCAUCCCCAAGGGGACAACCCAAGUCCUCCUCACAGGACGCCUUUCUAAGGUUGCUUCUUCCAUUGCCUUCGCCUUGUGCCACCAGGGCAUCAAGGUGGCUGUUUUACGUGAGGCUGAAUAUGCAAAGCUUUAUACAAGGGUCAACCAGUCCAAAAAUAACUUGGAACUCUCAAAAAGUUAUGCUUAUAAGACAUGGAUAGUUGGAGAGGGAAUGAGAGACAAAGAGCAAAUGAGGGCACCAAAGGGAACAGUAUUCAUACCCUUCUCAGAGUUCCCACCAAAGAAAGUUAGGAAAGAUUGCACUUACCACACCACACCCGCGAUGAUGGCUCCUGUGUCUCUCGAGAACAUCGACUCCUGUGAGAACUGGCUGCCGAGAAGAGCGAUGAGUGCAGGGAGGGUGGCCGGCAUAGUGCACGCACUGGAAGAAUGGAAGGUGGAUGAGUGCGGCCACACUGUGUUUGACAUCGAGAAAGUUUGGCAAGCCAGCCUUCGCCAUGGCUUCCACCCUCUCCCCAUCCCCACUACUACUACUACUUGAUGCAUAUGUAUCACUCUGUCUUUAAAAAUAUACAACUAAAUUCGCCAGUGGUCGGAUGGGUGUGAGGGUGUGUUUAAUUUCCUGACUGUAUAUGGAGAUAGCAUGGGACAAUCAGAGAAUUGCAGCUAGUUAGUCUGCUGAUGCUUUAUUAAAUAAAAAAUAGUUGCUUUUACUUGUUAUUA